CUGUUUAUUUACAUUAUCACCAUAAGAAAAUGAUUUCAGAAUCGGAGGGUGACAAGAGUUGUGAGGAAGGACAAGACGUAGCAAGGAGGAGGCUGGAUGAAGCUUUGAUACAGAAGAAAAAACAGUUCCAGAAUUUAAGGAACAUUAAAGGAAGAACAAUAAAACGGCGAGAUACGGAUAAACAACAGAGACUUACUGCGUUCAAGGAGUCUUACAAAGGGAAAAAAGAGGUACCUCAAAGAAACAAGCCAUGGUCGGUUCUUGAGUGGCAAAACCAUUGGAAUUCCCUUGACCAAAGACAACAGGACAAUCUAGAUCGCAAGAAGUCUCACUGCCAUUUAAGUAUUGGUUCGAAGAUUAAUGAGAUGGCUGCAGAUUACAAUGCCUCAGUAAUUUGCUUAAUCCGUUACCCCAAUGGAACUCAACACACCAAGUAUGUGUUAGUAAGCGGAGGUGGAAUUAAAUAUUCCAAAUCAAGAGACGGUGUUCUAACUGAACAACUCUGGCAUAGAUAUUGGAACAAAAAACAAAAUAAACGACAACAGUUAUGUGAGGAGAAUGGCCUGUGGCUUGAGAGAGCCAGUAAAAGAAAAAGAAAAGAGAGAACAGUGGAAAGGACAGAGAAAGAGAAAAGUAUGCAAUCAGGAAACAGGAAACAGAGAAAGAGAGAAAGACAAUUUGAUAAUGAGAACGUAGAGAGUGAAGAAGAAUACAAUGAAAGAUUGGACAGCGGAAUAGAGAAUCAGAACAUAGGAAAAUCACACAACGAGACAGUAGAAAGCGAAGAAGAUAACGACGAAAGAUUGGAAAGGGGGAUAUGGAAUCAGACAAUAGGACAAACACGUAAUGAGAGCGUAGAGAGCGAUGAAGAAAAUGAUGAAAGAUUAGACAGGGGAAUAUGGAAUCAGACAACAGGCGACAAUGGGAAUAAUGAGAGAGUAGAGAGCGAUGAAGAAAACGAUAAAAUAGGAGAAACAAGUAAUGUAGAAAGCGAAGAAGAAUACGACGGAAGAUGGGACAAAGGAAUAGGGAGCCAGAAAAUAAGACAAUCAGAUAACGAGAGCGUACGAAGCGAAGAAGAAAACUUUGAAAUAUGGGGGGGGGGAAAUGGGGAACAGGUAACAAAUAUAUACAAAAUAGAAUUCAAAUUUCAAAGAUUGUUUGUUACAACAUAACAAGGGUACAAAGCAAACAGACAAUGACCCUUUAGAAAACGAAGAAGAAGACGAGGAAGGAAGGAGCAAAGGCAUGGGAAAACAGGUAACAAAUAUAUACAAAAUAAACAUACAAGUUAUAAACAUUGUUAUUUACAACAGAAAAAAGAAGGAAGGGAAUCAGAUAAUGAAAUAGUACAAAACGAAGAAAAAGACGAGGAAGGAUGGGAAAAAGAAAUGAAAAAACGGGAAACAAAUAUAUACCAGAAUAAACAUACUAGUUUGAAACAUUCUUUUUUAUAAUAGAAAGAGGAAAGAAGGCAUCCGUCGACUGAGGCUUCCGAGGCCAGCGAGACGGCUGCUGCUGAGGCUGAAUCGUAUGAAAUCAUGGUCAAAGCGAAUCGAUCAUUCGCGGACAGAAUCGGGGCGGUUACGCGUUCAAAAUUGGCAAUUGAAAAUAGAGCUACUAUUAUUCACAUAAACUACAAAGAAUGGAAAUAAAGAUAAACAAUUUUUGUAGAUCCUAAAUUGGCACAAUUGCCUCAUGUAAAAAUAAACCGUCUGCCGUCAUCUAUUGCUCACCAGGAAAAAAGAACAGAAACAGGAAGAGGAGAAGGAAAAGGAGCAGGAAGAGGAACAGGAAGAGGAUCAGGAAGAGGAUCAGUAUCAGGUUCAGGAACAGGUUUAGGAACAGGAACAUAUACAGGAAGAGGAAGAGGGAUAGGGAGAGGAACAGGAACAAGAACAGGAAAAGGAACAGGAACAGGAACAGGAACAGAAACAGGAACGGGAACAAGACGAGUAGGAAGACCACGAAAAGAAGAAAAACGUUUGUUGAAGCAGUAAAAUUAACAUUGUGCGUACUUUUUGUGUAUGUUUAAAAAUAACUGGCAGUAACCUAGUCCUUAUUUUGAUAUUAAUCCGGUCAGGCAAGAGGAAUACAACGAAUUCAGAAGCAGAA